GUUCACUACAAUCAGACAUCUGACAUUUUGUAUUAUGAAGUUCUGGACAUUCCCCUUCCAGAAUUGCAAGGUCUGAAAAAUCUGAAAGUUGCUUUUCAUCAUGCCACAAAGGAUGAAGUUGUAAAUUACAACAUCAGAUUGCCUAAACAAAGCACUGUUGGGGAUGUGAUUAAUGAACUUAAAACAAAGGUAGAAUUAUCUCAUCCAAAUGCAGAACUUAGACUGCUUGAAGUUUUCUAUCACAAGAUCUAUAAGAUUUUUCCACCUGGUGAAAAAAUUGAGAAUAUAAAUGAUCAGUAUUGGACUUUACGUGCCGAGGAGGUCCCUGAAGAAGAGAAGAAUUUGGGUCCUCGUGAUCGUUUAAUUCAUGUUUACCACUUCACAAAAGAGUCUGCUCAAAAUCAGAUGCAAGUACAAAACUUUGGCGAACCCUUUUUCUUGGUCAUCCACGAUGGUGAAACGUUAGCAGAGGUUAAGGUGCGCAUACAAAAGAAAUUGCAGGUUCCUGAUGAGGAGUUCUCCAAGUGGAAGUUUGCCUUUUUGUCACUGGGUCGUCCUGAGUACCUGCUGGACUCUGAUAUUGUGUUUAACCGUUUCCAGAGAAGAGAUGUAUAUGGUGCUUGGGAGCAGUACCUUGGGUUGGAGCACUCUGACAAUGCUCCUAAGAGGGCUUAUGCGGUAAAUCAGAACCGUCACACGUUUGAGAAGCCAGUCAAAAUAUACAACUAGUCUAACGGCCAAUGAUUCCUUAGGACAUUAAGCGAGCAGGAGCUCUAAUUGCACUUUGAAAUGGAGAGCAUAAAGUAAAAGCUCAUUUGCGGGGAAUGGAGGGAAAGUGUUGGUUUGAGGUAUUAGUUAUCAUAGGAUCAGGUUAUUGGUUGUUGUAGAUGACUUUUCGCAAGAUGUUGGAGGGAAGGUGGAACUAUCAUUCAUCCAUAUGCUCUGUUGUGAUAGAUCCCGCUGUUAUCAUUUGGUUUUAGCGCAACACCAAGAUUAGUGGUGGACUUUUCCGUAUACAGCUCCAGUGUAAUUUAGCAGUACAUAAGAAGAUUUUGCAGGGAUGUAUACCGGGUAUAGUUGGGCUGCAGUUCGACAUUGAUUCUUUUUUAGUUUCCCUUUUUGUUUUCUUGUUUUAGUUCCCCGGUUGAUGUCUUGAGGGGGGUGGUUUUUGUAAAAUGAUGGCUUAAAAUCUUUAUAGUCAUGGGUUAAAUGAUUGUGUACAAGAAUUAUACCUCUCUGUCCAGCAUAAUUUAUAAA